CGUCAUACACGUAGCUGAACGCUGAUUGGUCCGUUGGCAUUCCUCGGCGGUUCCGAUUUGCUACUUCGAACUUCGCGGUCACACAAAUGAAUGACAUCGGCGCAGCGCGGAGGUUUAAAUGGUCUUGAGUGUAAUAUAGCCUGUACAGUCUACAUCGUGUACAUACUUGUAUAAACCAAAGAAUUCCACAAUGGAGAAGCAACUAACGAUGGAAGACUACUCGAAAAUUGAGAAGAUUGGAGAAGGUACCUAUGGAGUGGUGUACAAGGGUCGUUGUAAGAAGGACGGCAGUAUUGUGGCCCUGAAGAAAAUCCGGCUGGAGAGUGAGGAGGAAGGAGUUCCCAGCACCGCUAUCCGUGAGAUCUCACUGCUUAAGGAGCUGCAGCAUCCCAAUGUUGUCAACUUGAGCAAUGUCCUGAUGCAAGAGAGCAGAUUGUACUUGGUCUUUGAGUUCCUGACCAUGGACCUCAAGAAGUACAUGGAGACCCUACGAGGCACUACCAUGGACCCAGCUCUUGUCAAGAGCUAUCUCCAUCAGAUAGUCCAGGGCAUCCUGUUCUGCCAUUGCCGUCGGGUCCUACACCGCGACUUGAAGCCCCAGAACCUGCUCAUCGACGAGAAGGGCAUCAUCAAGCUGGCCGACUUUGGCCUUGCGAGGGCGUUUGGUAUUCCUGUCCGAGUCUACACACACGAGGUGGUUACCUUAUGGUACAGGGCCCCAGAGGUCCUCCUUGGCUCACCAAGGUACUCCACACCGGUCGACGUCUGGAGCAUAGGCUGCAUCUUUGCCGAGAUGGUCACUAAGAGACCACUGUUCCACGGCGACUCGGAGAUUGAUCAACUCUUCAGAAUAUUCAGAACCCUGGGCACACCCACGGACAAGACAUGGCCCGGCGUGACAGAGCUCCCAGAUCAUAAGUCAACAUUCCCCAAAUGGACGACCAACAAUCUCGCCAAGUCUGUCAAGACGCUGGACCCUGAGGGAAUGGACCUCCUACAGAAAAUGCUGAUCUACGACCCAGCCAAGCGAAUUUCAUGCAAGGCCGCACUGUCGCACCCCUACCUCAAAGACUUCGAAGGGGGCACAGUCUUGCCCACAAGACUAGGUCAGUAGACAACCAAGGGACCUACUUUCGCGUGUACAUACCGACAGCAAAGUUGUAUCAUUUGUACAGAUUUCAACCUGAGCGGAAUAUCAUGACCGUUUUAGUACAUUGGUGUUGUAAAUGAUUGAUUGUUGGUGAAUUCCGACUCGUCCAAUCUUGAUAUCCAUUUUUCGGAGAAUUCAAAGUUCUUGUAAAUCGUAAACUACAGUGCUGCAAGUUUCAGAGGUUUUGAAUGCUCGAGAUAAACCUGCUGUUGUGCAAGGAUUGUGGCGAUAAAUUUACUUCAUGGGGAAAUUAUCAUUUUGUAUGUAAUAUGACUCGAAAUAACUUAAUCAUUUUAUAAAUGUGGCUGUUAAUUGAUUCACGUAUUCUUUACCAUGAUGGAAAUUGUUUAGAGCUUUGUAUCUUGGAAUUGUUUAAUUAGUUCAUAUUGUUUUCCCUCUGUAAACAUUAAUUUAAAAGACACUUGAAGUGUUUUCUUGGUUUUGUGAGUAGCAUAGGUUCUGUUUAUAUUUAUACAUGUACUUCAGUAGUGUAAAACCGAUCUUUUGAAACAUAGAGUCAAUUUCAGUGUACGUAUGGUGCAAUUAGAAUUGUGAACUUCAGAACCUCUAUCAUAAAAAGGGUUGUUUUGUAAAUACAACUGGCCAACAUCACAGGCCAAGCAUCCACCGAGUUUUGAACUUGUGUACAUACUCAUUCAGCAACCUGUUGACAAAAAAGUUCAUUUCAGAAUUUGAAAUUCUGAACAUAACACAACGUAAAAUGUAACGAGAUGUUUAGAACAUUGUAAAAACUGCGGAACAGUAAUAAAACAAGAACAUGAAUUGUGCAAAAUUA